UCUACUAGCAGCAGGUUCAACUUGGUGAAGGAUUCUGGGAGUUUUAGUUCUAGCAGACAACGCAAAGCAACGACUGGAAAAAAGAAUGCCAUGACGUUGUAAUGUAUUAUAGUUCCUAGGCAUAAACUGUGUAGGAUACGAACUGAUGGGUUUUGAAGCCCAGGUUUUUUUUUAACAUCUAUAUUCUCGUUUUACAACACAAAGCAGUCGCUUUCCCUUUAAAGGCUUGCCGGCUCCGUGCAGUGCAUGCUGGGAGCGGAGGGGGCGUGUGCUGAUGGUGACACAGUGAAUGCAGGUGUAGUUUGGUAAUUUGAGAGAAGCUGCGGAAUAUCUACUUUUAACAACUAAAUCGAACUACAAUCAUGCCUGUAUUAAGUGCCCGUUUCACAGGAAUCAUGCUUAACCAACUACUUUCAAAGUCCUCUGCACUCCGAAAACUGCCAAAAUUAUGGAUGUCAACUCACACGUCUCUUGCUGGAGACAAAAACCUUGUUCUGAUGGGACCACCAGGUUCUGGGAAAACAUCAGUAGGCAGAAUAAUUGGGCAGAAACUGGGCUGUCCUGUUGUAGAUGUCGACGAUGAUGUCCUUGAAAAAGACUGGAAUAUGAGCGUUUCAAAAAAACUGCAGGAUGUGGGCGAUGAACAAUUUUUAGAAGAGGAAGGAAAAGCCCUUUUAAAGUUUUCAACGUCUGGAAGUGUUAUUUCCCUUACUGGAUCCAACCCUCUACAUUGUAGAAGUAUGGAACACAUAAAGCAAAACGGGAUAGUUGUUUAUCUUGAUGUUGACACUAAAGAUAUCAUGGAGAGACUGGAAAGAAUGAAAGUCGAUCGCAUUGUUGGCCAAAGGUCUGGAGCGUCAAUUGGCGAUAUACUUCAGAAAAGGAAAUGGUUUUAUAAAAAAUGGCACGAUGUACGUGUACUUUGUCAGAAUGGAGAUAGUAUAGAAAAUAUAGCUGACAAAGUUGUUCAUGCAAUAAUGAGAUACCAAAAUGCUGAAUCUGAGGCCUUUAUUUCCACCAGAAACACAAGUCAUCAGUUCGAUGCCAGAAAAGGCCAAGCAAAAUAUUUCAGUGACGCAGUUAUUGAGGGGUUAGCUCCAGAUGGUGGACUCUAUGUUCCUGAAAAGGGUCUGCCAAAACUCACAAGUGCAGAAUGGAAAACAUUAGUUGGAUCCUCGUAUGCUGAGAGAGCUCAGAUAAUAUUGGAAAGAUGCAUUCAUCCUGUUGAUGUCCCUGCUUUCACACUGGGAGAGAUUGUUGAAAAAGCUUACGGAGAAAAUUUUGCAUGUAAUAAAAUAGCUCCAGUAAGACAUUUAGUCGGAAAUCAGUUCAUUCUUGAGCUCUUUCAUGGUCCUACUGCAUCAUUUAAGGAUUUGGCUUUGCAAUUCAUGCCUCACUUGUUUGCCUAUUGUAUUCCGAAAACAUGUAACUAUCUGGUGAUGGUUGCCACCUCAGGAGACACCGGAAGUGCUGUCAUGGAAGGUUUUGGGCGGCUUAGUGAUAUAGACAAGAAAAGGAUCGGGGUAUUUUGCUUGUAUCCUGAAAACGGUAUAAGCCAAGCUCAAAAACUGCAAAUCAUCUCCUGUCAAGGAGAAAAUAGUUUGGGAUUAGCAGUUGGAUCUGAUUUCGAUUUCUGUCAAAAUACAAUUAAGCAGAUAUUUAGCAAUCCCGAUUAUACCGGAUUUCUCACUGCUGAAUACGGAACCGUUCUAAGCACCGCUAAUUCCAUAAACUGGGCACGGCUUCUCCCUCAGGUUGUUUAUCAUGCCUCUGCCUAUCUCGAUCUGGUUAGCCAAGGAAUCAUAUCUUUCGGAAGUCAAGUUGAUGUGUGCAUUCCAACUGGAAACUUUGGCAAUAUCCUAUCUGCGCUUUAUGCCAAACAAAUGGGCGUUCCCAUCAGAAAAUUAAUUUGUGCAUCUAACCAAAAUCAUGUUUUGAGCGAUUUUCUAAAAACAGGCCACUAUGAUCUCAGGGGGAAAAAACUUCUGCAGUCCUAUUCUCCGGCCAUUGACAUUCUGAAAUCUUCUAAUGUCGAACGGUAUUUGCACCUGCUAACAAACAAUGAUGGUGAGUUUGUGAAGCAGCUAUUUGCCCAGUUGCAGAAUGAAGGCCACUAUCAGCUGCCGAAUAAUUUAGUUCGCCGCAUCCAGGAGGAUAUUAUCAGUGGCUGGUGUUCUGAGAAAGACUGCCUGGAAAUGAUCCGCUCAGUGUAUGAAGCUACGGGAUAUAUUCUGGACACACAUACUGCGGUUGCAAAAGUAGUUGCAGACAGAGUGCAGGAUAGAACAUGCCCGGUCAUUAUAUCGAGUACAGCUCAUUAUUCCAAGUUUGCACCUGCCAUUUUACAGGCUUUAAGAAUUGAUUCAAUUAAGCAGAGCCCUUUAAGCCAGCUUCACCUGUUAAAUUCCUUCCACCCAUUGCCUCCCUCGCACAAGGCACUCCUAGAAAUGCUUAACAAAGCAGAGAGCAAAAAGACCCACAUUUGCGCGCCCGAUCCAAACAUUGUAAUGGAAAAUGUGGAAAAUUUUAUUCAGGAUUUAUAUUUAAAAAUACAUUAAUGGUCAAAGAUUUUUUAUUUUUUUUUGUCAACUAAUAUAGAAUGUCUUCCUGGAAUCCAGAGAGUUAUUAAAGGUUCGGUAAAACAAUCGAGCAAAAACAUAACAUGGAAAGAAUUCAGGAAAGCUAUUAUAACGCUUAAUUGAAUAAGGAAAAGGCCUCAUCUUAAACAAGCUAAAAAUAGUCUUACGUGUUAAUGUGUUUUCCCCAAAGUGCAUUGUUACAUUAAGGAAAAAAAUGUCACUUCGUACUUCAUUAGUGCCUGAGAAAUCCCACUGAACUGAUGGAAUUUCCUAUAACUGCACGUUUCACAGACCGCUACAGUAAUACAUUACUGAAAUACACACUUAUCAUUACGAUAAUCACUUUUUAAGUGGACUGGAAAUAGAAGAAAUGCAUACCACUUGUAUGAGAUUUUGUCAUUUUUCUGUUUAUAGAGAUAUUGGCCUCUAA